UGCAAUGCCAACAGCAAUAGAAGUAUCUAAAAAGUUGCAGCAGGUUCCUGCAUUCAACGGGAACAGCAGUCAGCAUGAGCUUUAUGAGAACUGAACUGUUGGAGCAGGUUAAAUAGCCAGAAAAUGUGAUACUGUUACUUACAGACUCUGAAAUGCAUCUUAGACGCCAAAUCAUAACUCCUAAGCAUCUUCUCAGUUCCUGUAGUACACCAUAACAUUAAAAACCAUUAAUCUUGCUUUAAUAUGUUAUAAUUUGCUUAAUGUUUUACAAGGGUUCCUGAGUAUCCCAGUCCAACGUGGUUUAGCAAAUGAAGUUUUCUUCCUUUUACCAUAUUCGGUGUUUGUGCGUGGAAGAUCCUCGCUAGCACCAAGAAAAGAAAAGACUGUGAUGUCAAACAGUUUCAGACAAUAUAAAGCUUCUUUUAAGAAGCUUAAUAAUUUCCGUGUCAGGUUUUAGAAAAGCACAAUUUACUAUGUCAGAUUUUGGCCUUGUUUUUUUAAAAAGCUCUGUAACUAAUUGGUAAAAUGACUGUAUUUUAAGUGACUGCAUUACUCACAAGGCAAUUUUAUUUAAUAGCAGGAUUACACAUUGAAAUAAAAAUCAUGGUUAGUUUUGUUUCCAGUUGUACUUUGGAAGCAUCAUCUGCCACCCCAAAGAAUUUUAACAAUACUGUAUUUCGCUGGCAGUUUCCAGUUGAGCUGAAGCAAUGAAGAAAGCCCUGAUCCUUCAGAGAUUGCUUUGGCUUGGACCCACCGAAUUCCACAGACCUACUCACAGUUCACAAGCGCAGAGUGGUUUUAAGCAGCGGCAGCCAUUAGUGUGAGUAUUUCAGAGACCAGCAGUUCUCACUUCCACACAGUGAUUCCAAAAGGUUGUUACAAAACCGCCACCUAGGAAGUUAAAGAUACGCUUGAUGACAUCUCUGCGUGACUGCUGCAGCAGCUCCUCUGGCCGUCGCGGAGCAGGGCUGCACUCCACGAUGUUGAGAGGAGUUGCUCAUGGUGCAAGAGAUACGUUCACACUCCUGUUGGCAAGAUCUCAGCACUGUAACCCCAGACCAAAAUUUUUGUCCUUACCGACUGAAGUAACAAACAGAGGCUUCUUAAUACAUUCCACAUAUACAACCGAUACAAAAUCGAGAGAGGAAAAUAAAAAGACCAUUGAGAGUCUCUACAGAUUGUCGGUCGACGUUAAGAAAAUACGCAGGCUGAAGGAAUGGGUCCUUCUCCAGGAGGUGGCCUACGUUCAGGAAGUUGCUAGCAUCUUACAAGAAAUGGGAGCAGAUGAGACCGCUGUAGCCAGUAUUUUAGAACGUUGCCCAGAGGCAAUUCUCCGUAGUCCUGCAGAGAUAAACGCUCAAAGAGCUCUAUGGCAAUUAGUAUGCCAGAAUGAAAAACAGUUGAUUAAAUUAAUCGAGCAGUUUCCAGAGUCUUUUUUUACUACUGGGUAUCAUGAGAACCAGAAAGCAAAUAUUCUGUUCUUUCAAGAGCUAGGACUUAAGAAUAACAUAAUCACCAGGUUCUUAACAAGCGCACCCAAUAUUUUCUACAAUCCCGUUGAAAACAAUAAAAAAGUGAUAGAGACAUUGCAGAGAAAUUAUUUAAGUUUAGGAGGUUCAGAUGCCAAUAUGAAGCUCUGGAUAAUGAAGUUACUGAGCCAGAAUCCAUUUAUUUUACUAAAUACCUCCACCGCAAUCCAGGAGAACUUGGAAUUCCUCCAGAAGAGUGAGUUCAGCGACCAAGAAGUACUACAGCUGCUGUCUAAACUUAAAGGUUUUAUUUUUCAGCUUACUCCGACUACCAUGCAGAAGAGCAUGCUUUUUUCCAAAAACGUCUUUAAGUGCAGCGAUCAAGAAUUAAAACAACUAGUGCUGAAAUGCCCGGCCCUUCUCUACUAUUCUGUUCCAAUUCUGGAAGAAAGACUCGGAGGGCUGCUGAAGGAAGGAAUUUCUAUCGCGCAGAUCAGAGAGACACCGAUGGUGCUGGAGUUGACAACACAAAUUGUUCAGUACAGAAUUAAGAAACUCUCUGCUUUGGGGUAUAACAUAAAGAGUGGAAAUCUCGAAAGCUUAAAUGGCACUAAGAAAGAUUUUGAAGUCAGUUAUGGCAAGAUACAGUCAAAGAAGGAGAGACCAAUGUUUAAUCCUGUUGCUCCUCUAAACACUCAAGAUUAAUUUGAAUGCUGUGUUUUAAGUUUUGCAAAAUAAAAUAAUCAAAAUGAAAAGAGGUCUCGGUUCUUUGCUAAGAGCUGUAACAGAAGUCAUCUUCACCAGACUGUAGUCUUAGCUGUGUUUUGCGCCACUGUGGGCUUUAUGCACAACUUCAUUGUACAAUUGUAGCCUAAUGCUUCAAGGUAGCAUCGUAGAGCCUGGCUACGAGAAAGGUUGAUUCAUCAUUUACAUAAAGACUUGUUUAUCCCCGAGGGAGCAUCUCACAGGUCUUUUUGGUUCUGUUACAUUUCCUCAUCUAACUGGCCUCUAGCAUCUUUGGCUUUCCAGGCCCAUCACUGCACACUCCAGCCGGUGGUAGUGGCUAGGGAGAAACUCACAUGGGCCCCAAAUGACUGGGGAAAGGAAGAAUCCCCACUGUUACAUGGGUGUAACAGAACUCCAGCCUGUAAACCACUGGUGAUUAAAGACGACCAUCAGCUUUGGAAACAGCUGCCGCAGUUUCUAAAUAUAUGGGCGACAACUUCUCAGAUAUCGCUGUGUGAUUAUUGUUGAUGAGCGCUGGCUUUUAAAAUAGUACCUAUGCAACAGCGUUUAAGUUCUUAGGGGAUCUUUAUUUAUUUUCAUGUGUGGUCUGUGAAUAAUAGUAUGAAAUAGUAGCCCCAUUAAAGAUCCUCUCAGUAGAA